UGAGUUAGCGCCUCUAAGAGUGAGUGUGGAGAGGGGGGCGGAGGCUCGUGACGGCCCUGGACCUCGUGUGUGCCGCUACUCGCUAGUAAAGUCCGAGAGCUUGACCAGCGCGUAUCUGCCGCUUGUUAUUUAUCGCCAGUGUGUCCGCACACUAGAGUGUGUAUCGGACCAGUGUUUUUUUAUAUUUUAUAUUAGUUUUAUUUUUUAUUUAUUCUUAUAAAGUUGAGUUUUAGUUUAUGCUAAUCAGCGGUCGACACACCAAAGACCUCGUCAACGUGUGUUUUUAAAUUUAAUAGGAGCGAUGUCGGCUAUCAUUAAGUCUUUAGUAGCGGCUAAGACGAGAGUUUAAUUUCUUCUCGGCGACAUUUAUCGCGAUUGUGUUCAAUCGCAAACAACUGAUCGAGUAAAAGAGGGAGUGAGAGAGAAACGAGUGAUUGUUUGGACGAGCGAGAAAGAGAAAGACAAGGCCAAGCUAGCCGGUGAGAUACGAGAGUGUGCCGCAGUGCGACGUGUGUUGGUUUUAAGUUUUUAAAAGUUUUUAAAAAUAUAUUAUAUAUAUUUAAAGUUACCAAAGCAAACGGGAAAAUAUGAUUACUAAAGUGGACACGAGGAAUUAUGUCAAUCGCUGUUAGUCGAAAACGAAUGAGUGAUUGUUGUAAAUCAGUGUUAUGCGGUGCCAAACCGCCGACAGCCACGACGACGAGGAGGAUAACGCGGAGAACAAGAACGCGUACAAGAACGAGAAGGAGAACAAGGAGAAACUAUCUAUUAGUGCAUCAGUUAGGAUUGGUGGUAGUGGAGAAGCAACAGCUGGCCGUAGCGCAGGAGCAGUGCAAGUAGUUGGUCAUUACAUUCAGACUCAUUUUUAUUUAUCGUUAACUUUUCCUGUUAAAGAGACUGCUGUUGUAGAGAGAGGAAGAGGAAAAGAAAGAGACAGAGGAGAAAAACUCGACGUGUGUGAAAAUAAAAACAAGUUUUGUAGUUUGUUGGUUCCAGAGAGUAUCGUCACACGCUAUUUCGAGAGUACGACCGUGGCACAGCGACGGUACAACGAUCUUCCUCAUCGCCGGUAGUCCGACAACGUGCACAACGUGGUCUGUCGGCAUUAACGUGUGUUCCUGAGUCAACUUAAUCAUUAUUAUUAUUAUUUUAAUUGUUAUUAAUAUUAUUAUCGUAAUAUCAUCUCUUCCUCGUACACCCACGUGUGCGAAAAUAAUCAGCAACGUAUUGCACACACCGUACCAGGUGUGUAGAUUUAUUAUCUUCUUGUCGCAAAGUUGUAAAGUACUGGCCCCCAAAUGCACAAACGUAUUCUCGUGUUUCAUGUUCAUGUUCUGGAGCAAACGGACGAUAUUGACUAAACGUCUGUUAAAGGCUCAGGUUUGUCGAGAGUAUGAAACCGAAUGUGAGACUCAAGAGAAUACGUCGCAACGCAUUGCUCGCGUGAGUAAUUUAUUAGCAGAGGCAUCAGCUUGCUCUGACGCGGUACUCGGUGGACCCGCCAAAACGGUUAAAUCGUUACCGGGGCACAGAGGAAGUGUGCCAGUGAGUCAACCUCAAGCUAAAAGACAAACAUCGUCAUCGGGUGGAGGAGGAACUGGAGCUAAAAUACACCAGGUCUGUUGUGGAGGUGCCGAUUCCCAGGACGAAAGUGACGAAGACGAGGAGGACGACGACAAGUUAGAAGAUAACGAGGACAGUUUGAACGGAAAGAUUGAGAGAGAAGCCCGCGAGCGUUUGAAUCGCUGUAAAGAGCUCCUUAAAAAUCUCAAGGAAAACCAGCUGGAGAUGCUGCUCACGGCCAUAGAGAGUUGCGGUGCCGAUCUCGGCUCGUGUGUUGUCGUUGCCCGCAGGCCCAUUCUCAACUCUUCUUCUCAGUCGGACAUAAAUACUGAUCAGCAGCAGCAGCAGCAACCGGAUCCAUACCGACGUCGUCAUUCCAAACGAAAAUCUCGGCACUAUCAUCAUCCCCUGAGACUUCGUCACUCUCAUCACCAAUUCACCCGGGUGCGUUCGCGAUGCCGUCGCUACGAGUUGCACCAGGGCUUCAACAAGGAUACCGAAGUCCUGGAUGAGUCUUCGAGUCUCGCUGGUACCGGUUGCACCGCCGCCAACGACGACGAACGAUGUUUGGCUGUCCACUCUACACCAGAUCCACGUACCGAUUUCCUGCUAACAUCAUCAGCGCACCUUCUCUCCUGCCAAAUUUGGCGAUGGCCUGAUAUCUGUCUCACGACUCAGCUAAAAAAAUUACCACUGUGUCAUUCCACAAAAGAUCCGUCGUAUGUCUGCUGCAAUCCCUAUCACUGGAGCCGGCUUUGCAAACCUGAGUCGCCACCACCCCCGUAUUGUCUUAUCCCAGCGAAUAGAGGUGCAACAAAAUGCGAAGCUUCAACUUGUGCCAUUAAAACAAACCAAGAAGACACACGACACUGUGGGAAUAAUACAAUAGUGCCUUCAAGACUUCCGGAGUCGCUUACCACCGACGGAGAAGAACGUGGUGACGGGCAUCAACGAAAAGAGUGGUGUACUCUUGCUUACUGGGAACUCGGUGGUCGUGUUGGUAGACUUUAUCCCGUGGAGUCAUCGACAAUAAGUGUCUUUGACUCUUUACACGACGGCGAUGGACUUUGCUUAGCCAGUCUCGCUGAGAACCACGACUCCGUGGAUGAUGCGAAAACGACACGCAGUAAAAUUGGUCUAGGUCUGCUAUUGAGUCAAGAGGAUGAUGGCGUAUGGGCAUACAACAGAUCAAGCAAUCCAAUAUUUGUAAAUUCACCGACACUCGAUGAUCCAGAGUCACGUACGCUGCUGGUCUAUCGUGUGCCACCAGGAUCAUGCUUGAAUAUAUUUGAUCGGGCUAAAAAUUUACCAUCACGUUGUACGCACAGCAGUGGAGGCAACGAAGGAGCUAAUUCAGGAGGUCCUGUUGACAUUUAUUCCGUGAGAAUAAGUUUCGUAAAAGGCUGGGGUCCUAGAUACAAACGUCAAGAGAUAACGUCCUGUCCAUGCUGGCUUGAAGUUUUAUUAGCACCAUGCAGGUGAUCCUGUCAUUUAUACGUCGUCGGCGCGCGACGUCGUUACCGAUCGUGCCUUCCUCAUCGUUCGAGGGAAUGACAAAGAGAGGGCCGUCAUAAAUUGUUCGUUUAAUAAUAAAUAAUAAAUAAAUUAAAUAAAUAAUAACAAUUACAAUAACCAACCAGACGACCCGUUUCUUUCGAGUCAUUACACAAAGCCAAUUGUUUCUUUAUUGCCUUCGCAUUUCAGUAAUUCGCGGUAACACAAAUAUAAAUAUAUACAUAUAUAAAUAUAUUCUAUUAAAUAAUUUGUAUAAAAAAAAAAAAAAACAUUAAUUGUAAUAAUGAUAAUAUUAAUGGUCAAUCGUAUUUGAUAUACGAAGGAGACUAUCUCUGUUGUUAGACUGAGCCUAGUCGAUUAAUCGAAUGGCUUGUACCUCAUUGUAGUCCAUUUCCGUAUCGUUAAUGGAGUCGUAAUCACGUAAUUGUACACGUUGCUGAAUAAGAGAUUAUUCAAAAGUAAACAAACAAAAUCAUGAGUUUAUAAAUAUAAAUAUUAAUUAAUAAUUAUAAUAUAAAGUAAUAGGACGUGCCCGGAAAAAAAAAAAAACUAAAAACGAUUGACCGUGGUUCGUGCUUUAAUAUUUUUGUUUAUUUAUUAAGAUUUUGUAGUUACGAAGAUAAACACAUUUGUAAAUAAAAUUAUUUAUACAGCGUAUAUAUAUAUAUAUAUAUAUAUAUAUAUAUAUAUAUAUAUAUAUAUAAUUAUAAUAAUAAUAAAAUAAAAUGCCAAUAAACGCGACGCUAAUUGCCAUAUAAUGUGGUCGAUGAGUGAGUGUUGUACAGAAAGAGUAGAGGGAUAGUAAGAAAAAAAAAAGUAAAUAAAAGAGAGUGAGAAUGUAAUGUGUAAAAGUAUGAGUACAAGUUUGCUUGGUAAGUCGGUUCAGUUUUUGCCUUCUGAACGUCUUGAGACUAUUUUAAAAAGCGCGUGACUGUUUUAUUUGUACGAUAUUGUUGUUGUAUCGCAUACAUGAUGUAUGUAUGGUUUGCGCUUUCAUCCAUAUAAAUAUACAUAUAUAUAUAUAGAUAGAUAUAAAAAUAAAGUUUAAUAAUAAAAGGAAAAUAAUGAAAAAAAAAAAAAAAAUAAUAAAUAAAUACUAAAAACUGGUUGAGUUGCGUCACCGUGCCAUUGCUAAAUAAUAACAAUAAUAACGAAUGAUAGAUAGAAAAUAUAAGAAAACUCCCUAUAGAGUACUCGGUGAGUCUCGUUCAGUCUCUUGAUGUCCAGUAUGUACCAUACUCGGCAUAAGGAUUCUUGAUGGACGAGACCUUGGGCUCUCAGGUAUUUAGGCCCGUGUUAUAAUUUAUUUAACUCGGGUCAAUCGGCAAUAGUUUUUAAAUAUUUAAGACUGUAUUAAAAAAGUUAAAACUUGUGUUUGUUGUUUUAAAACGCGGGAGAUUUAUUUUAAUUGUAUUUAUGAACAAAGUUAUAAUUUUAAUUUAAAUAAAAUAGUUUUUAAAUUUUAAAUGUUCAGCUUGAAAAUUGUCUCGGUGAAACAUUGUGCCUUUUAUGAUGUUGAUAAUGAUUAUAAUGACGACUAAGUCAUCUCAGAUUAGUAAUAAAAUUAAGAAAAAAAUAAAAUAAAUAAUAAUAAUAAACAAUGUAACGCGUUGUGACGCAACGUAUUCGACAUAAUUAUUUAAAAACAGACAAAUAUGAAAAUACCUAAGAGAACAGUGCCCUUGUAAUUCUGGCCUGUUUACCCAAUUUAAAAAAUUUUAAAUAAAAGUCUCUGGUAUCCGCCGUUUCCGUAUAAAUUAUACCAAUGUAAAAUUAAAUAAUCCCUCCGUUUUUAUUAAUUGUAAUAAUUAUAAUUAAUGUUCAAUUGACUAAUUGUAAUUAAAUGUUAAUGCCUUGACUUUUUAUACCUGCCAAAAAAACGUUUGUCAUCGGAAUAAAAUGCAAUAAUAAAUUUA